UUGGUGUUUGUUCUAGAUAAGGCGGCCGUUAUGCCGGAUUCCAACGCACACGUAAUCGUGGAAUUUUGCUAACAUGACUUUGUAACAUUAUCGCUUCCGAUUUUCACGGGCGAGUUUACCUAUCCUGCGUCACUCAGUCACUGUUAAUGAGUUGCUAUGUGUACCUUCCUGUGGUAAAGACCAAUUGAAUAUUACUCUAUUGUGCUGAAAGAAAAGACGGUUUAUUGUGUGGAACGGCGAGAUUAGUCGUGUACUAUAACUCGCUUUCUUCAUGCUGAAGGCAACAACAUCAACAGAAAUGGUCGUCUCUAUAGCUGCUACGAACGCAACGACGACGAAUUUGACAGACGCGAACAUAACAAUGACGACUGCUGUACCCGACGUUUCUGAAGAAUUUAAAACAGCUUCGUGGAUAAUGUGUCUGGUCAUAUCUUUAACGGCGUUUACUGGUAACGCGGCACUUUUAUUCGCAGUGGCUCGCGACCCUUUGCGUUGCUUCAAGACGCGAGCUUCUAGCGUAUUCACAAUCAGUUUGGCCGCAUUCGAUCUCCUAACUGGAUUAAUGUACACCAUUCAUUACAUCGCCAACCUCAGCCGUUCGCCUUUUCGUGAAGAAGUUGGGCUGCAUGUUGCCAUAAAUUUUGUUCAUGUGAAGGGACAAUGUGCCUUCCUCACUGUUCUUGCUUUGGCCGUGGACCGCUAUAUUGCUGUUGCGUUUGCCGUGCGCUAUAAGAAAAUAGUGACCAGGAAGAAACUGAUAUUGUGGACCUUGUUGAUUUGGGGGUAUUCGUUUGUGUUUACGACGAUUGUGAACAUUUUGGACCAGCAGAAAUCUAAUCCAUAUUACGUCGAAAUUGCGAAUUACAUGCAUCUAGCGUCUCAUAUUGAAAUCGUGCUCGUCCUGGUUGCAGUAGCAGUGCUGUACGCUGCUUCGUUUAAAUCGCUAAGAAAACACGGGAAGAAACUGAGAAACAGCUGCAAGGUGAACGUGGAAAGGAAAGCGCAGUAUUUGAAGUCCGAAAAGGAAUUCGCGAUGGCUAUUCUUUUGACAAUGAUAAUUUUGUUUUGCACUGUGACGCCGCACACUGUCUACAUGAUAAUUCAUUUAUCUAAAGGUUUGUGCAGUCACUGCUCUUUCAGCCUGCACUUCACACGCUUUAAGUAUCUGAGCGAAGGUAUAUAUCUUGUACUUUUUGCUGCAAAUCCUUUCGUCUAUGCAUGGAGGUUGCCGAAGUUCCGCAGUGCGUUGAAGCUGUCUGUACAACGACGGACGCGUCGUUCAGUUUGUUACGAGAGAACAGAAAGACCAGAAUCCAUGAAGGAACUAUCGGAGAGCCGUAAAAUUGGAUCUCUGUCGAGGAUCAAUACUAUUGUUAGAUAAAAGACGGACUAGAGCGAUAAGUGAAGUGUAUAUGAAAAUGUAAUGGCCUAAAGGUAAACGAACCAGAUUUUGGACGUAAUGUUUUAUGAAUUCGUGCCUUGUGGCAAGACGGUCGAGGUAAAGUUUAAUUCGACAAUGCCAUUGGUAUUCGACCACGGAAAUUCUUAAUUAGCCAUGUUUUGCCGUUGCAAAGCACUGCGCCCAGAGAGGUCGCGUUUCGUGGGCAGAAAUUUCAAAAUUGAGAACAGAUUCUAAUGAUCAGACGGUCGUCAUGUCAGUCUGUUGGUAUUGUUUUCGACUCUGGCGCUGGUGUGGAAAGAUUUGUUGUGGAAUUAAACACGAUGGGAAAGUGUGAUAGCAACUCACUGUUGAUGGGAGAGAGUCUAUAAUUACUUGUGCAUCUGCGAGUUAUGGAGUGCAUUUUAUACACGCUAUGCCAGGUUUAAUCAUCAUUCUUUCUUUUAGAAAGCUAUUGAUUGUCGGUAAUACAGAUGCAUUCAAUUUCGAAACAAUUUGAACGGUCUACUGUUGCUCGUUUUAUUUAUUUUAUUUGCAAUAACAUCGAAACAGGGCGAUCCAUGCUGGCGUUUGAAAUUAUUUGUAAAUCCUGAUGUUAUUUUAAUCGGAUUGCAGAAACAGAUCGUUUUACCGACCGAGAACACGUCUGUUCGAAACGCUAUUAAAAUACCAAGACAGUAUUGAAAUGUGGAACGCUUUGUCAAAAUUGAAAAGAUUAAUCCGUCCACGUCCAAUUUACUGCUUCAGCUCAUUCUUCCAUCAUUCAAUGUAUGUGUGUUGUAACGUUUUUCGUUUCCGCCUUGAGAAAAAUCAAGCGGCAGUUAGACCCACUCUAUUGAACAAAGACAAGUAAAAAGACUCUGCGAAUAUAAAGGUGUAACUUUAAAUAACAAAGAACUGGUUAUACUGGUUAUGUUCUUAAAACUCCGUGCAAAGACUAAACUCAUUAAAUGAUGAAAGCGAGAGCGUACUCUUUACUUGUUCAUGCCAUAUAUUUCUGUUAGAUUAGCGCUUCGUCGUGUCUAGAUAAAUUUUUUAGUCAAUAUAUAUCACAUGGUUUUAUGAGACGUUAAUUCUGUAACUAUAUUGAAAAAUUUUUCCCACAGAAUGUUUAGUAAAUAGUAAUUUGUUUUAAAAACAAUCUUUUACGAUACGUUAAUUCUGUAACUAUAUUGAAAAAUUUUUCUUGCAGAAUGUCCAGUAUAUAGUAAUUUGUUCUAAAAGCAAUCUUUUGAAUUAUCAAGUAUUUAAUAAUUAAAUUGUUGCUAUGUAAAUAUAGUUCUUUACGUGUGUA